UAUAGUCGACUCGCGCUUCGGUGGCCCUUUUGCCUUCGCUCCGAGUCGAGGAAGGAGAGCGGUCUGUAUCUGUCUCCAUCCUCCCGGCGCCGACCCGAAACCCUCCUCCGCCGCCAUGCCGCCCAAGUUCGACCCCAACGAAAUCAAAGUCGUGUACCUGAGAUGCACCGGAGGCGAAGUCGGGGCGACGUCUGCCCUGGCUCCGAAGAUCGGGCCCCUGGGUCUGUCUCCCAAGAAGGUGGGUGACGACAUUGCCAAGGCCACCGGCGACUGGAAGGGGCUGAGGAUCACCGUCAAGCUGACCAUCCAGAACAGGCAAGCUCAGAUUGAAGUGGUCCCCUCCGCCUCCGCCUUGAUCAUCAAAGCCCUGAAGGAGCCGCCCCGCGAUCGGAAGAAGCAGAAAAAUAUUAAGCACAGUGGCAACGUCAGCUUCGAUGAGAUUGUGAACAUUGCCCGGCAGAUGAGACACAGGUCCUUGGCCCGGGAGCUCUCAGGAACAAUUAAAGAGAUCCUGGGAACAGCCCAGUCAGUUGGCUGUAAUAUUGAUGGAAGACAUCCCCAUGAUAUUAUUGAAGACAUCGAUAGUGGUGCAGUUGAAUGCCCAGCGAGCUAAGAUCGCUGCCUGAAUGGAUCUAUCACCACAAGUUGUGUAUAGUGAAAAUUUCGGUAAAUUAAAAAAAAAGUUUGCCUGA